AUGAACAGCCUGUUUUUCUGCCAGGAGAUCUUGUUCCCUUACAUCAAAGACAACGUGAAGGAGUAUCUGCGUGCUCACUGGGAGGAGGAGGAGUGCCAGCGGGAUGUUGGACUUCUGAGGAAACAGGCUCAGGAGGAUUCCAGCUUGGACGGGGCUGUGCCGAUCCCUUUGGAGAGUGGAAGUGGGGAAGAAGAGCUGGAGCGCGUCAUCCAGGCCGUUGUAGACAAUGUGCACUGGCAGAUGUCCCUGGACAGGAAGACCACAGCACUGAAGCAGCUGCAGGGCCACAUGUGGAGGGCAGCCUAUGCAACUGGGCACGUCAAAGGAGAACUCUUCGAGGACGUGGUUCCAGCCAUCCGGAAGUGGCGGGAAGCAGGGAUGAAGAUCUAUAUCUACUCUUCAGGCAGCAUUGAAGCCCAGAAGCUUCUGUUUGGAUAUUCUACAGAAGGUGAUAUCCUAGAGCUCUUUGAUGGCCAUUUUGAUACCAAAAUAGGCCCCAAGGUAGAAAGUGAGAGCUACAGAAGGAUUGCUGCCAGCAUUGGGUGUGCCACCAACAACAUCCUCUUCCUGACAGAUGUCCCUCGAGAAGCCAAUGCAGCCGAGGAAGCAGAUACUCACGUGGCUGUGGUGAUCAGACCAGGCAAUGCAGGACUGACAGAUGAUGAGAAAUCGUAUUACAGCCUCAUCUCAUCUUUCACCGAACUUUUCCUGCCUUCCUCCACUUAGGGAAAGUGGUGCACGCACAACAGACUGUGCUUCACCUGAAUUGUCCUCGUCAAACGUUAGGUAAUUUUGUCCAUAAUCAGAAUUUGAAACCAAAUCCACAUCAUGUCUUGGACCCACAACUAGUGCAGGCAGGUAUGGAUGGAGAGAAUGGUGUGGGGUCCCUUGUGCAGCAGGACAGAGACCUGCUGCCAGCUGGAGCUGGGAACAGGGUGAGGAGCAGCACCCAUGAGCCUUGCUGUUCCUCCCCUUUCCUGGCUAGCAGUUAGCUAAGGGGAUGCAUCCUUCAGACUCACCCACUGGAAUCUGGUGCUAAGAUGCCCCACCACAAGCUCCAUCAUUUUCAGAAGCAGUCUGCAAACAAGGUUUAUGUCCCUUUGUCCCAGAGGCACCUCUGGGGACCGUGAGGGGAUAUGAGCUUCUCCCUGCAGACAAGGUUGCUGGCUAAGUCAAACCUUUCAAAGUUAGGAUUCCCCAAGGAAAAUGCCAGUUGUGGGCUAUAAUACAGCCAGUUUGGG